CAAUCGCAGCGCUUGAAAGUCUCGAAAGUGUCGGUAUCGGGCUUGCCGGUUGUAAUCACCUUAAUGGCCGUAAAUUCUCACAAGACGUGCGCUUAUCUCAGUAAUCAAAAACAAUUGUUUUUUCGAUUGUCGUUUCCAGCUUCGUGCGCCGUCGUCUGUUCGGACAGCUUCAAUUUGGUUAGUCACUGCACUAGCGCGGAUAUCUUGCUGAUUUUGCUGAUAGUGUUGGCUCGAGAUACGGCUUAUUUGCAUUAGUUUUUUCAGCGCGCUUCUCGCAUUCUAGCCGCAAUUAGCGUUAUUAUUUUUUUUGCGAACUGGAACUGAAACUGAAACUGUGUGAUUAUCAUUCAACUGAAAUAUUUAUUUUUUGUUUGUGAAAGAGUGUUUACUGAGCAGCAAAACGUUGGAUCUCAGUGACUUUUUAUCUACAUAUCUUUUAUAAUGAAGUUAAAUAAGAUAAUGUGAUUAAGAGAUAGUAAAUGAAUACUUGUUGAGCACGGACGCAUGUGUUUCGGCAACUAAAUACACGAAAGUUGCAUUUAAAACUUGCGAUAAAUGAACACAGCAAAAAUAAAUGUUUAAAAAAUACACAUAACUACGUCAGCAGGAUUCAAGAACUGCAGAAAAAAUUGGAAAAACGAUUGCUCAGCAUUAGCUUUAGUCACAAGCAGUCUAACAACAGUUCGGCCCACGAUAACUCCUCGAACUUCUCUUUGCGACACUUUCACCGAAAGCCGCGUUGCAACUACACGAAAAUGCCACCGCAAACAACUUAUUGGAAAGUGUUGACGCGCCGAAAAGUUUUGCCCAAUGAGGGCACGGAGUCUGAUACGAAGCUGAAUCGUGUGCUCGGCUUAUUCGAUCUGACCGCGCUGGGCGUUGGUUCAACCUUGGGCGCAGGCGUUUAUGUGUUAGCUGGGCAAAUAGCACGCGAUCAGGCGGGACCCUCUGUGAUGCUGUCGUUUGCAAUCGCCGCACUGGCUUCCUUACUAGCAGGCAUUUGUUAUGCGGAGUUUGGCGCGCGUGUGCCCAAAGCCGGUUCGGCUUAUGUCUACAGCUAUGUUUGUAUCGGUGAGUUUGCGGCCUUUGUCAUCGGCUGGAAUCUGAUGUUGGAGUAUAUUAUCGGCACGGCAAGUGUUUGUCGUGGCAUCAGUCUCUAUUUGGACACGUUAAUCAACGAUACGCUCAAGCACACCUUCGCCGAGAUAGCGCCAAUUAACGUUAGUUUCCUCGGCAGCUACUUCGAUUUCUUUGCAUGCGGUCUAGUCAUUGUUUUUGGUGUUGCUUUGGCCUUUGGCGUGGAGACUUCAGCGCUGGCUAAUAACUUCUGCACGAGCCUCAACAUCUUCAUACUAUUGUUUGUGAUAAUUUUUGGUGCUAUCAAAGCGAAUUUCGCCAACUGGUCUAUCGAUCCGCAAGCCAUCAACGCCACCACCACCGCAACGGGCAACAUCGGCGCCGGCGGUUUCUUUCCGUUUGGCUUCGCAGGCACACUAAAAGGCGCCGCCACGUGCUUUUUUGGUUUUGUUGGCUUCGACUGCAUCGCUACUACCGGCGAAGAGGUGCGCAAUCCGCGCCGCAACAUACCACGUUCCAUCCUGCUCUCGCUGUUGAUCAUAUUCCUUUGCUAUUUCGGCGUCUCAACAGUGCUGACACUCAUGGUGCCCUACUACGAGCAAGACCCGAAUGCGCCACUGCCAUUUGCUUUCAAACAAGUCGGCUGGACGUUCGCCAUGUGGAUCGUGGCGAUCGGUGGACUGAUCGGUUUGUUAGCCAGUUUAUUUGGCGCCUUGUUUCCAUUGCCGCGCGUCAUGUACUCCAUGGCCGAUGAUGGUUUACUAUUUCGGUUUUUGGGCAAGAUCAGUCCGCGCUUUCGCGUGCCGGUUAAUGGUUCGAUCUGCGCCGCCAUAUUCACAGCGCUCAUGGCGGGUUUGUUCGAUCUGCAGCAGCUGGUUAGUCUCCUGUCAAUCGGCACUUUACUGGCCUACAGCGUGGUGGCCAUUUCAAUUACCAUACUCAGGUACAUGGAGUCUGCUGAUUCUGCGGAUUGUGAAAGCGGUAAUCAACCAUUAACCGAAAACUCCAUGCUCACAUCCUCGGGUACACGAGUCACCGCUAAAGCUGUAUUACUACAAUUGUUCAACAUCAAGCAUCUGAGCACACCAAACUCGCUUUCGACGCGUAUCGUUGGCACCUUAAUAACAGUAUUUUGUCUUCUCUCACUAUUCAUCGGUCUGAUAUUCAAAGAAGCUUAUGAUGCGCUGCUCGAAAACCAACUGUGGGUGCUUGUUCUAUUGCCCAUUUUAGUGUUAUUUGCUAUACUGACGCUGGUCAUGAUUUGCGUGCAACCCCGUGAGCCAGUCAUAAAAACAUUCCGCGUUCCCAUAGUGCCGCUUUUACCAGCCAUUAGCGUGUUUAUUAACAUCUACCUCAUGUUGCAGCUGGAUGUGAUGACUUGGAUCCGUUUCGGUAUAUGGAUGUUGAUUGGCAUACCAAUAUUCAUUGCUUGUUGGUGCAUGUAUGACAUUGGUGAUGUCACCAAACGGAAUCCCGAGCGCGUGGCAUUUGAGCGCGCCUUGAAAGAGAGUGCGCGCAACGCAAAACCGUCAGCCAAUGGGCAUUUAAACAAGAAUAUGAAAACAAAUGGUGUGCUAAAGAAGUCGAAGAGCGCCAAUGGCGUGUCGAACAACAACACUUUAAGCGCACAAAAUGAACACACGGUGAAGAGUCUAGACGAAAUUAUGAAUAUGAAUGAGGUCAGCGACGACUUGAUCGAGAUGCGACAUAAUGGCAAAGUUUUCUACAUUGAAGACAAUCGCAGUCACUCGUCGAAAAAUUCACUGGAUAAGUCAGAUGGCGAGAAAGAUGGUACGCGUGAGGAUGAAAAGUCUGUGAUAGCAAUGCUGGACGAUGUGUUGCAAGCGGCGGAUGUCGGCACUACAAUAACAUCCAAUAUGCCGGACUAUCGCAAAUUUAGCGUGGAUUCCGAAAUGCUGCCGAGCGUGAUCGAAAUGAACACGAUAGCGACAGUGCACACCAGCAGCAACUCAUCGGACGAUUUGGAAGCGGUGCCCGAGGUGGAAAGCGGCAAGGGCUCCAGCUGUAGCAGCCUUAGCAGUGGUACUGAGCGUUUCACCGCCACGCAAGCAGCUGCCAAGCAAUUAGUUGAUGACAUACUCAACAGCGCUGAGCUUACGGAAGCUUUGACACGCCAAAAAUCACUAAACGAAGCGGUGAAUCUGCAGUUUUCGAAUGGUGAAAUAGAUAAUAAUGAAACAAAUCUCCAAAAUACUAAUAUUUCAACUGAUAGCGGUGUGGGUAAGCCAAACCGCACGGAAGAGAAUGAUAGCAGUGAAUUUAAGCCAAAAAGCACGGAAGAGAAUGUGUCACUCGCACGCAAGAACUCCAAAUCAUCGUUACUCUCCAUUGAUGAUCCCAUACAUUCCGAAAACUUUAAGAAUAAGCUAAGUAAAAUUCUAAUGCUCCCACCGGUACAAGUAACGCCGCACAAAACUCCGCAAAAGGAGCAAACACAAGCAGAUAAACCGGCCAGGGCAAACUCCUCACCGCGACCGCAACUCAAACAUUCCAAAAGUGAAACGGACCUACGCCAACUCGUAUUGCAAGCAAUUGUAAAUACAGGAUUAGCCGAAUCAAACGACGAAGCCGCACCGUCCGAUGCAAAUUUUAACAGUAUACCGAAACCACCGAAAUUUGAUCCAAUACUCUACAAAACAAUCAAUAACCUGCGUUCCAACAAAGAACGACCAAGUUUACAGCGCCUAAUGGAAGCCAACGAAACGCCACAGGCGCCUACACAAACAGCCGAACCAAUGGAAGAGGCGGCAUUGCCAUUUAAACAAAAGCUAGAAGCCGUGCUGAAACGCGGGCCAUCGCAUCGCCUGCAACAGCGUCCCGAAGCAGUGCCAAUACGUCGACCCAAGUCCGUCGAGCCAAUAACAGUGCAAGAAGUAGCCGAGGAGCAAUCAAUGCUUAGGCCCAAAUCAAAUGGCACUGCGGCUGGCAGCAUUGCACGUUCCGAAAACAAUCUCGCGACCAAAAUUAACGCCGACGACGCCGCGAAUGUGAUAACGAACGCACGCAGCUUACUGAAACACGUACCAAACGGCACCGUCGAGCUGUAUGGAUAGCAGACAAUCGUUGCACGCGAAACUUUAUAACGGAUAUUUACAUGCAUACAUAUUGUAGAUGUGUAUGUGUGUGCUUAAACCCUACUUAGCAGGGCAUACUAUAUGUAUUAGCGUAUUCAAACCUAUAUACUGCAUUUUAGUAUUGUAGUUGUUAAAGAUAUUUAUUGUUGGAAUUUAUUAAACAAAUAUUUAGUCACAAAUACUUAAAAAGCUCAAGUAACUGGCUCAAAGCCUUAGUGUAAGCUCGUUGUUGUAGGCGUAGACACUCGUUAGCUUAAAUACUAUUUUAUUCUAUAGGUGUAAUACAUAACUGUAUUUGUAUUGUUAUUGUUGAUAAGUACACAAACACUUAUAUAUUAAGCUAAGCCAUAUAAGCGCAGCUUUGAAAAGCUCACAACGUGCACAAAAAAGCUUAUUAGUGCUUACGUUUUAUAUACGUAUUUUUAUACCCUGAACAGAAUAUAUUAAUUUUGCCACCCAGCAGGUAACCUCGGGACCAUUUAAAUGUAUAUAUUGGAUAGUCGGAAAAGUAUUUUCGUAAUUUGUCAAUAUAUCUCGUUGCAGUCGUAUAUCUCCAGUGCUAUCAAUCACAUUGUGUCAUACCAUAUAGUGUUGGAAAGGUGAGAUUUUAAGCUUCAUUUCAACAAAAAAAAUUAAAUUCGAGGAAGUUGAAAAAUAGUUACAACUGUUCAAAAAAGAGUAACAAUAAUGAAGAAAUUCGCUACAUUUUGAAAUUUUUGUAUAAAAAAGGGAAAGAUGCCACGCUAGCCACCAAUGAAAUUUGUGAAGUUUACGGACACACAGCAUCAUCAGUUCGUGUAGCGCAAUAAGGGUUCGUUCGAUUCCUUUCUGGAAAUUUCGAUGUGAAGUUUGAGUAGAAAUACGAAAAGACUUUUUCGACUACCCAAUAUUAUCAGGAAAUUUUGUACAGAAUAUUAUCUGAGGCAGCGCGAAGCUAUCCGAUUAAAUUUUUUUUGAUCGGUCUACUAUAGAUUAUAGCUGUCAUACAAACUGAACGAUGAAAAUGUAAUUCUUGUAUGUAAAACAUUUUUAAUUUACGAGAUAUCUCAAAGAAAUUUGGCACAGAUUAUUAUUUCAGGCAAAGAUAGACUAUUCGAUGAAUUUUUUUUAGAUUGGAAACCUAAAGCAUAUAGCUGUCAUACAGAUUGAAUAAUAAAAUUUUUUUCCUUGUAAAACUUUUUUAAUUUACGAGAUAUGUCAAAGAAAUUUGACAUAGAUUAUUAUUCAAGGCAGCAGUACAAGCGACCAAGAAAUUGUUUAGAUCGGAUCACUAUAGCAUAUAGCUGCCAUGCAAACUGAACGUUCAAAAUGCAGUCGUUACAUGGAAAAAUUUUUUACUUGAAUAUAUAUGUAUGUUCUCCAAGUUUUAUACAGAUUAUUAUUAUUAACUGUACAAUUUUCAAAGAAAUUGUUCAGAUCGGACCACUUUUGCACAUAGCUGCCAUAUCAACUGACCAAUCAAAAUCAUGUACUUGCAUAGACAACUUUUAUAUUUGUGAAGGGUAUGCCUUCUUCGGUCCAAGUUAACGAUUUUUCUUGUUUUAUUAUUAUUAUCAUUUUUUUAAUUAUUCUUAAUUUUCUAACUAUAAUUAAUUUUUCUUUUUGCUACAUUUGCAUAUGUGCACGUUAGUCCUUACUUAGCCUAAGCUAAUAACUAAUCAGUCGUAAUGUAACUACCUUUAUCUAUACCGAUUGCAUGCCAUAACCAAACCUAAUCAACUAAUUUCUUUGCUGUAUGAUAAAAAUUAUUCAAAGAUUUCUAAAACAUUCUUCCACUAUUAAUCCAUAUCAAUAACGAAUCUUAUAAGAAACAAGCGAUUAAUGCAACUAACACAACAUAACUAUCUUCACCAUAUCUAUACGUAUCCGUAUAUACAUAUAUGUUUGUACACAUUCUUCUAACCACUCCACAGG